CCCCUUUGUUCCUGCUGCAGUGAGCUGAACAAGCAACAGUUGCUGGUUGUAAAGGAGCGCUUCCAGGCUUUUCUCAAUGGAGAAACACAAAUUGUUGCUGACGAAGCAUUUUGUAAUGCAGUUCGAAGCUAUUAUGAGGUGUUUCUUAAAAGCGAUCGAGUUGCCAGAAUGGUCCACAGUGGAGGAUGCUCAGCAAAUGACUUUAGAGAUGUCUUUAAGAAGAACAUAGAAAAGCGGGUCCGAAGCUUGCCUGAAAUUGAUGGAUUAAGUAAAGAGACUGUGCUCAGCUCUUGGAUAGCUAAAUACGAUGCCAUUUACAGGGGAGAAGAGGACUUGUACAAACAGUCCAACCGGAUGGCUUUAAGUGCUGUAUCGGAACUUAUUUUGAGCAAAGAACAGCUUUAUGAAAUGUUUCAGCAGAUUCUCGGCGUCAAGAAACUGGAGCACCAGUUGAUCUACAAUGCAUGCCAACUGGACAAUGCAGAUGAACAGGCAGCUCAGAUUAGACGGGAGCUCGAUGGGCGCCUCCAGCUGGCUGAUCAAAUGGCAAAAGAAAGAAAAUAUCCAAAGUUUGUAGCAAAAGAAAUGGAGCAGAUGUAUAUAGAAGAAUUACGGUCUUCAGUGAAUUUACUAAUGGCAAAUUUGGAAAGUCUUCCAGUUUCUAAAGGUGGCCCAGAAUUUAAACUACAGAAGUUAAAACGAUCACAGAAUUCUGCUUUCUUGGACAUAGGAGAUGAAAAUGAUGUUCAGCUGUCAAAAUCAGAUGUGGUGUUGUCGUUCACGUUAGAGAUCGUUAUAAUGGAAGUGCAAGGUUUAAAGUCACUUGCUCCCAACCGCAUUGUUUACUGCACAAUGGAAGUGGAAGGAGGGGAGAAACUCCAGACAGACCAAGCAGAAGCAUCAAGACCACAGUGGGGAACUCAAGGGGAUUUCACUACAACACAUCCUCGCCCCGUCAUCAAAGUUAAACUUUUUACAGAGAGCACUGGAGUCCUUGCACUUGAAGAUAAGGAACUAGGGAGAGUAGUAUUGUACCCAACAUCCAACAGCUCGAAGUCACCAGAGCUGCAUAAAAUGGUUGUCCCCAAAAACAGCCAAGACUCUGAUUUGAGGAUAAAGCUGGCAGUCAGGAUGGAUAAACCACCACACAUGAAGCACUGUGGGUGAGUGUCUCUUCUGCAAAAACAGAAAGUGUUUUUAACUGCCGAUCGUGCUCAGAAGCAUGGCAUGGAUGAGUUUAUUUCUGGUAAUCCUUGCAAGUUUGACCAUGCCACACUCUUUAGAGUACUUCAGAGGCAGACCUUGGAUCACCGAUUGAACGAUUCCUAUUCUUGCUUGGGUUGGUUUAGCCCAGGCCAGGUCUUUGUGCUAGACGAAUAUUGUGCUCGUUAUGGUGUGAGAGGAUGCCACCGCCAUCUCUGCUAUCUGAAUGAAUUGAUGGAACACUCAGAGAACGGUGCUGUCAUUGACCCAACCUUGCUCCAUUACAGCUUUGCCUUUUGCGCAUCUCAUGUUCAUGGCAACAGGCCUGAUGGAAUUGGCACAGUAACCACUGAGGAGAAAGAGAAAUUUGAAGAUAUUAAGGAAAGGCUUGCUUCGCUUUUAGAAAACCAGAUAAGUCACUUCAGGUACUGUUUCCCUUUUGGGCGUCCAGAAGGAGCUUUAAAAGCUACACUUUCAUUACUUGAAAGGGUUUUAAUGAAAGAUAUUGCCACUCCCAUAUCACCAGAAGAUGUGAAGAAAGUGAUUAGAAAAUGUCUGGAAAAAGCAGCCUUGAUCAAUUACACUCGACUUACGGAUUAUGCAAAAAUAGAAGCAAAUGAGAAGGAUUCAGAAACACUGAAUCAAGCACCUCCUUCUGUAAAGUUGGAAGAGAUUAUUCAUUUAGCAGAGCUCUGUAUUGAAGUCCUGCAGCAGAAUGAAGAGCACCAUUCAGAGGGAAAAGAGGCAUUUGCUUGGUGGCCAGAUUUGUUGGCUGAGCACGCAGAAAAAUUCUGGUCCCUCUUUACCGUUGACAUGGAUGCAGCACUAGAGGCCCAGCCAUCAGACUCCUGGGAUAGUUUUCCUCUCUUCCAGCUGCUAAAUAAUUUCCUGAGAAAUGAUUCACUUUUGUGCAAUGGAAAAUUUCACAAGCACUUGCAAGAGAUUUUUGUUCCCUUGGUCAUCCGCUACGUUGAUCUCAUGGAAUCAUCCAUUGCCCAGUCCCUUCACAGAGGUCUUGAACAAGAGUCAUGGCAGCCAGUCAAGACCAUCACCAACAGUCUUCCCAAUGUAGCUCUUCCAAAAGUUCCAAGUUUGCCUCUUAAUCUUCCACAGAUACCUAGUUUUUCUGCACCAACCUGGAUGGCUUCUUUAUAUGACUCCACCAAUGGAUCAGCAACAUCAGAAGAUCUGUUCUGGAAACUUGAUGCACUACAGAUGUUUGUAUUUGAUCUUCAUUGGCCGGAACCAGAAUUUGCCCACCAUUUAGAACAGAGGCUGAAACUCAUGGCCAGCGAUAUGAUUGAAGCCUGUGUGAAAAGAACAAGAAUUGCAUUUGAAGUCAAGCUGCAAAAGACAAGCAAAUCGACAGACUUGCGCCUUCCCUCUUCUGUAUGCACAAUGUUCAAUGUGUUGGUUGAUGCAAAGAAACAAACAGCUAAACUAUGUAUUCUGGAUGGGGGGCAAGAGUUUGCUAAUCAGUGGCAACAAUACCAUUCAAAAAUAGACGACUUGAUCGAAGAAACGGUGAAGGAAGUAAUUUCGCUCCUUGUUUCAAAGUUUAUUGCAGUGUUGGAAAGCGUAUUAUCUAAAUUAUCAAGGUAUGAUGAAGGCACUUUCUUCUCAUCAAUACUUUCAUUCACUGUGAAGGCGGCUGCAAAAUAUGUUGAUGUUCCUACUACAGACCACAACCGUAAACCAGGGAUGGAUCUAGCAGAUACUUAUAUUAUGUUUGUACGUCAAAACCAAGAUAUACUUCGUGAUAAGGUCAAUGAAGAAAUGUACAUUGAAAAAUUGUUUGAUCAAUGGUACAGCAGCUCCAUGAAAGUCAUAUGCAUGUGGCUGGCUGACAGGCUAGACCUCCAGCUUCAUAUUUACCAGCUGAAAACACUCAUCAAAAUAGUGAAGAAGACCUAUCGAGACUUCAGACUGCAAGGUGUGCUGGAAGGAACUCUGAACAGCAAAACUUACAACACUGUCCACAGCCGUCUGACAGUAGAGGAGGCCACAGUCUCAGUGUCUGAUGGGAGUGGACUUCAGGGCAUCACGAUGAAGGAUAGUGAUGAAGAAGAAGGCUGAUUUGUGUGCGUGUUAUGAGGUGUUUUUGCUUUGUAAUUCAUUCCUGCAUUUUGCAUUCAUGGUUUUGCCUUAACAAUUCAAGGUACCAUGAAAAAUGUAAUUCAUCCCAUUCAAAGGACUGAGCAAAUGGUCCCUGAUAGAUAGGAUGGAAUUGGAGGGAGGAAAGAAGUUAAUGCCAAGGAUUUUGUGAAAACAAUACGGAGGUUACAUAUUUUUCUAUGUAGCUUUUGCUUUGCGCUGUUAAAAUGCCAGUUUGGUGCCUGUCUUCCAUUUGUACUUCAGUUCCUUUCUGUUUGUCAUGUUGCAGUUGCUUCCUGUAACUUCACUGAAGAGUGGGCAUGCUCUGUGCAAAAACAGAACUUUGUGCAUCACACAUAACACUACAGGCAAUCAUUCUGGGAAACUCUUCAGUGCCAUUGUUCCAAACAAACAUUAUGUCACUUGCAAGGAUUACAGUCCUACCCGUAUUUUUCAUGGUUCAUUACUAUUUGCAUUUUUUCCAUGUUUAUUAUUACGUGAAGUGCAUUUAAGAAAUCUAGUGCUUUGAUCUUUCCAAAUAUAAUGGCAGGAGAACCUCAAGAAUUACCAGUUAAAUAGGCACAAAUGAAAUUCCAAGUGUUAUAUCUUCAUUUUCCUUGCAAAUAUAAAGAUUUCUUGUCUUGUUGGAUGUGAGGAAGCUUGCCAUUGGUAUUUUUAUGUCUCUGUGGAAACCUGCAGGCAAUAAGACAAUUCUUUUUUUUUCUUUUGGGUCACAACCACUUCUGUAUCUAACCCACAUUUGUAAAAAGAUUCUAAAAUUAAAAGAUGUUUGCAAUAUUUCAAA